AGCGUUGGUACGGUCCGGGUCUCCCAGCAUCAGACGCACAUGUCUGCUAUGUUGUGUUCACGGUUGCACCGGUGUUGCAGCGUUUUACCGGAGCCGUGAGGACUGCCACGCCGCUGUUUGUUGCCCACGGAGCGCCGGUGGACCGAGAGAAACCUCGCAGAGGACCAGAAGCUCCGUGACACCGGGAUUUCAGGAGGAAACCGUCGCUGACACGCGUCCCGGCGUGACUCCACCGGACCGAAGGCUUUGAGGCAGGCGGAGCGUCACCAUGAAGUCGUGUAAGAACUGCGGCAGCUCGGAGAUCGACGUCGAUGCGUCGCGUGGAAACGCCGUCUGCAUGAGCUGCGGCUCGGUGCUGGAGGACAACAUCAUCGUGUCCGAGGUGGAGUUCGUGGAGACGGGAGGAGGAGGAUCGCUGGCCGUCGGACAGUUCGUCUCUGCAGAAGGUGGAGCCAAACUUCCAUCCUUUGGAGAUGCUCACUUCACAGGUGUUGGGAAGGAAUCCAGAGCUCAGACGCUGCAGAAAGCUAAGCAGCACAUCAACACUCUGGGUCACCAGCUGCAGAUGAGUCAACACUGCCUGGACACGGCCUUCAACUUCUACAAGAUGGCGCUGAUGAAACACCUGACCCGCGGCCGCCGGUCCGCCCACGUCAUCGCCGCCUGCAUCUACCUGGUCUGCCGCACCGAGGGAACGCCACACAUGCUGCUGGAUCUGAGCGACCUGUUGCAGGUCAACGUCUACGUCUUGGGAAAAACUUUCCUCGUUCUGGCCCAAGAGCUCUGCAUCAACGCUCCAGCUAUAGACCCCUGCCUGUAUAUUCCUCGCUUCGCUCAGCUGCUGGAGUUUGGUGAGAAGAACCACGAGGUGUCGAUGACGGCGAUGCGACUGGUGCAGAGGAUGAAGAGGGACUGGAUGCACACCGGACGGAGGCCUUCAGGACUCUGUGGAGCAGCUCUUCUUGUUGCGGCUCGUCUCCACGACUUUCGCCGAACCAUCAAAGAAAUCGUCAGCAUCGUGAAAGUUUGUGAAACGACGCUAAGAAAAAGAUUGGUGGAGUUUGAGGACACGCCCACCAGUCAGCUGACCAUCGAGGAGUUCAUGAAGGUGGAUCUGGACCAGGAGUGCGACCCGCCAUGUUUCACCGCCGGACUGAAGAAAAUUAAAGCCCAACAGCUGGAGAUGGAGCUGAAGAAGAAGAUCGAUGAGGUCGCAGAUGAAAUUCAGGAAUAUCAGGAUGAAAUAGACGCUGAGCUCGAGAGCAGCCGACCCAAACUGAGAGGGAUUUACGCCGCCUACUCGAGGGAAGACGUUCCAAAUGGCGACAUGCUGUCAUCGUCGUCAAAGUUGGCAGACGGCGAAGAACCCGGAGACGACGACGAGCUUCAGGCCGUGGCCAGACACUUUGGCAGAGAUCUGGAGGAGCUCACUCUGGAGGCUCUGAUCAAACUGGAGCAGAAGAGGCCAGAAGAAGAGGAGAACCAGGAGGAGGAGGACGUUCCGAGGAGGAAGGGCCCGUCGCUGGAGUCCAUCCUGGGACUGAUGCCUUCGUCGUCCACCCUGGGCCUCCGCGAGUCCAUCAACACCUGCAUGGAGAACGAGAAGGAGAACGAUGGUGCUGCUGACAGCGGAGAGCUGGACCUGAGUGGGAUCGAUGACAGCGAGAUAGAGUUGUAUCUGCUGAAUGACAAAGAAGUCCAAAUCAAGACGGCGCUCUGGAUGGCGGACAACUGCGACUACCUCAAAGAGCAGAAAGAGAAAGAGGCGAAGAUAGCGAAGGAGAAGGAGCUCGGCAUCUACAAAGAGAGGAAGCCGAGAGGCCCCUCGAGGCGUCGCCCUCCGAUCCGGGCUAGCACCGCCGACGAGGCCAUCGAGAAGAUGCUGGAGCAGAAGAAGAUCUCCUCCAAGAUCAACUACGACGUCCUGAAGGACCUGAACAUCAAACCCGGCUCCAGUCCGGCUCACAAGGCCGAGUCCCCGAAGAAGGAACCGUCCGUCGCCAAGCUGACCGGACGGAACCGGACGCCGGCCAGAACUCCGCUGAGCCUCAGUACGCCGCUAAGCUCCCUGGGAAAAAGGCUGCAGCCCUUCAUCGGCGGACAGCCCAACAAGAAGCUGGCGGUGGAGCAGAUGUCCAACCCCCUGCCGGUGGCGGUAGGAGCGUCUGGCGGAGAAUCGGUGGUGGUGGAGAGUGGACCGGUCGUAUAUGACGACGUAGCCGCCGACGAGGAAGACGAGGACGAGGAGGAGGCUUGUGUCAGCGCCAUGGAGCUGAUGGGAGGAAACGAUUAUGGCUUUGACGGAGAUGAUGAUGGAUUCUAGCGGUUCGACGUUCAUUGUUGACAUCUACAGACAGUUUUGAAUCCUCACGUGUAUUAAAUGUUUACAAUAAGAGACACCAAAAGGCUUGAGAGGGGAGCUGCAACACCGAGCAGGAUGAAGAUCAGGAAUAACCAAACUCCAGUAAACUAACGUCUCGCUGCUGGUUCCGUUUGGCGUCUCAGCCGGACCAACUGGGACUGAGUGGUGCAUUGAUCAGUGCAGGUCACUGGCAGGCUGGAAACAUUCCGGUAAAUGUUCUGGUCGGAUUUGCAGGUACCUCAGAUGUUGAAAGUAGAGCUGCAAAAUUGGACUGUUUUCAUUAGUGAAUAAUUAGUUAAACUGUUUGUUGUUGCACCUGAUGGUAAACUGAACAUAUUUGGGUUCAAAUUGGGUCUGCAACUGACCAUUAUUUUCCAAUUAAUUGAUUAGUUGAUUCAUUUAGAACACCAACCUCAUGUCAGAACUGCUUGUGCAGCUGCUAUUAUUUUAACUUUUGAUGAAUCGAUUAGUUGUUUUGGUGAAAAAUAGCCCUAAGUAGCGUUCUCUAAUGUCAGAUUUUGUCCAAAAACACUUAGUUUACUGUCACAGAGGUGGAAAGAAACCAGAAUGUAGGAAGCUACAAUCAGAUAAAUUAGCUGUUUUUUUGUGUAAUUAGGCAAUUAUUAAAAUAGUUGGCAAUUAAUUUAGUAAUUAUAGAAGCUCUCGUUCAAGCAAGACACUAAAAGACGCUGUUGUUGGUCUCACAAAACAGCUGAUAGAUCAAUUAAUAAAGCCUGCAGUAAAUGAUAACUAUAAUCAUGAGCUGCCAAUGUAAUUUGUCUAAAUGUUUGGAUGAUUUUGCAACUUUCUUUCAACAGAAUUAAAUUACUAUUUAAUGCAGAGUAAAGGCUUUCCUUACUUGAAAAUACAGUCACUGAAAUUCUGCUAAAAACAAUCUCCAAGCAUCGUAGUCAUCUGAGUUUAACCCAGUUUCAAGGUAAACAUCUUCUGGCCUGCACAACAUCAAAUCAGAAUUUACCAUCAGGUUCUUACCAGAGGACGAAAGCUGCCUAUGAAGACUUUUGUGGCUCCUCUGGAUGGCUUCGUUGAGGAACGUUUGUUGUAGCAAAAAACAGAAGCAGAAGAACAAAAUGCACAAACUAUUUAUCCUCAAAUAUGCACUUUGGAUUCGUAAUGCUGAAAGAGAAAGUUUAGGUUCUGGGAAGUUGGAUUGUAUGAGGAACUUAUGGUUAGCUGGUUGACAUUUGUUGUCAUUUGGCACUAAAUCUUCGUAGAACAAUUGCAGAACUUCGUAUUCCUACAUAUAAGCACACCUGUACGAUGCUGCAGCUCACCUGUGUUGUUUGGAGUUGCAGCGGCAUACUACAGUUGCACUUAUGUAUCAAUAUAGCCGAUCCCUGUUCCUUGUCACUUUAGCGAGUCGUAGGACUUCUUAAUGCUGCUUCAGAGCAUUUGUACGUACGAAUCUGAAGUUAGACAGUCAAGAAACAACCACCAUCUACUGGUUUGAAAAGUUCCUCAUACAACCUUGGUUUUCAAAGAACCUGAACUGUUUAACCUUCUAUAACUUCUUCCUGAUUCUCCACAGCGAUAUCUCAAAGAACAAGCAGGUAGCGUGAAAUCAAUCAUCAGUAUUUCAGAUCAAUAUUUAUUAUUAUUAAUGCCUUAUAGGUGAUUAGUGGACAGACAUAUGAGGUCUGCUCAAGCCCAAGUAUUAAUAUGAUGUUGCCUUCUAACCAUAUAUAUAUUUAAGAAAUUGCAGGUUGUGUGCCAAUGUGUAAUGAUGCAAUUUUAAUUUCAGAUCGAGUUAUGAAUAUGAUGGUUUGGGUUUAUUUUCAUGAUGGAACUGCUUUUCUGAUUAAUUUUAGAUAAAGUAUUUUCUACAACAUGCUGCCACAGAGGUAUUAAAUACGUUCUCUGCAGUGUCUCA